UGGAUCCAUUCUGAUCCUCCUUUGGGGUGGGAGCAGGACAGAGCUCCAAAUCUUGCUUGUCUUUAAGACCCCAGGAAAGAAGCCAAGGCUCUGGGGGAAACUGCACAGUAUUACUUGGGGUAGAGAGGAACUGAAGUUCAAGCAGAAACUGCCCCUCGCAGACCUGAUGGCUGUUUGCACAUCUUCCCCUCAGGCGAGAAAUGAUGCCGCUGCUGUCCCUGCUCUUCUCUGCCCUCUUCAUCCUCUUUGGCACUGUUAUUGUUCAGGCUUUCAGCGAUUCCAGCGACACAAGGGACAGUCCUCCCUCAGAGAAAGAAGAAACCGCAGCAAAGACUGAGAAGAACGACGCGAACUUCGGCAAAGAGAGCAACAGCAGGAUUCCCAAAAAGGGCUUUGUGGAGGUGACGGAGCUGACGGACAUCAACUACAACAGUAACUUGGUUCGCCUCAGGCCGGGUCACAUGAAUGUGGUCUUGAUCCUGUCCAACUCAACCAAAACUGCCCUCCUUCAGAAAUUUGCCCUGGAGGUCUACACGUUCACAGGGUAGGCUGGGGCCCUUGCCCAGGUUUCUGGUACUGUUUUAACACCUUGCAUAAGGCCGCUCUGGUGCCAUGGCAGGAGUGGUGUCAGCUCACCUGCCAGGAGGGAGCUGGGUGGUGACUGUGCUCAUGAGUGGCCUCAAGCCGAGGAAAACCAGGUGGCCUUUCCAGCCUGUACUGGGCAAAGGUGACCGGACAGGUCUGGCACUGCCACCACCUUGGGCAUACCCAUGUUUCAAUGACUGGAGAGCAUGAGAGUGCCACACAGCAGGCAAUUGUCAGGUGUGCAGAGCCAGGGUGGAAACGGAGCUGCAGCACCACAGCCCUGCACCUGCCCUUGGUGACAGAAGCUGUCCCUGUUACCUGUCCAGCAGGAAUGUGGCCUGGCUCAGGGGGUGUGCUAAUCCCUCUGCUCUGAGGGACUGGGGUGGGUCAGAGCCCGGCCCUCCCU